UCGGUGUAUUUCUGAGGGUCGGACGGUAUAUUUUAUCGAUAAGUCCGCCGUCACACUGAUUGUGAUUGUAUUUCAAGGUGCGCAUAAAACGACAAAGUUAAACAAUUGUCAUCGUUGAGAAUUGUCAAAUUUGAAAUAUCAAACCCUUUCGCAAUUGUUAAAAGUACAGAGCAAAAUGAGUGCCGUCGCCAACAGCGAUCCAGCCAUUCCCAACAUGGCACUUGGGCGAAGUCAAACGAUAUGCCGAUUUUAUCUGCGCGGCAUUUGCCGUUUUGGCGAGCUCUGCCGUUUUUCUCAUGAUUUAAGUCGCGGCCGUCCCGAGUGUGCGGAGCAAACGCAUAUAACUACAGAUAAUGCUGAGAGCAUUAAGCCAAGCACCAGCCAACGUAAUUGGGCAAAUGCCCCGAUAUUUGUGCCUAGCCAGAAGCGCGUGCUGGACCAGAACGAGGAUGGGGAGGCAGCUUCUGGCAGCGUAUCUCUUCAAAACGGAAUCUCCUGGGCCGAAGUAGUUGGUGGCCCGACAGUCGACGUGAGCUGUUGCGAACCCGCAUCAUUGGACGAGGUUUGUCCCUAUGAAUGUCCGUGUCCUUAUGGCGAGUAUUGCCCCUAUCGUAUACACAUGGAGCUAUGCGAAAUGUGUGACCAGUAUUGCCUGCAUCCCACGGAUCAAGCUCAACGUAAAAAGCACAACCGGGAGUGCUUGCAACAGCACGAACAGGCCAUGGAACUUUCCUUUGCGAUCGCUCGCUCUAAGGAUAAGACCUGCGGCAUAUGCUUCGACACAAUCAUGGAGAAGGCUGGCCGGGAGAAAAGAUUUGGCAUCCUGCCCAACUGCAACCAUAUCUUUUGUUUGGAAUGCAUUCGUAAAUGGCGCCAGGCCAAACAGUUUGAGCAUAAAAUAACGCGUGCUUGCCCCGAAUGUCGCGUAUGUUCAGACUUUGUCUGCCCCAGUGCGUUUUGGGUGGAGACAAAGGAGGAAAAGGAUAAGCUUCUCAAUGAUUAUCGCGCUGCCUUGGGAGCCAAAGAUUGUAAAUACUUUCAGAAAGGCGAGGGAAAGUGUCCCUUUGGAAACAAGUGCUUUUAUAAACAUGCCCUGCCCAAUGGGGAUAUCGUUGAUGUGGGCUUACCAAAGCGUACUCGAAAGAUACAAGGCCAACAUGAAAUAAUCGAUUUACUCGAUAUUUAUCUGUGGGACUACGUUGGUAGACGUGAUUAUCAUUGGCUGGAGAUAUUUUCAAGUGAUAUAAGUGAAUCUUCAGAUGUCUCCGAUGAUGAGUAAGCAUCUAACGAAGAAGAAGAAGAAAAAACACAAAACAAAAAAUGCAGCAAUUGUAGACCCGCAACGAAACAAAAUGUUCGAUAUACAGUCCCAGAUAUAACCUAAUCAAUAUUCUAGCGAUAUAUACAUAUAAAUGAUACAGAACCAAAUAUCGAAAGCAAAAUUUAAAACAACACACAUACAUGUAUUUGGGUACCAAAAUUUAGGUUUAUAUAAAAUAUUUAUUCUCCACUUAACGCAACGAAAUUUUCAGCAACUUUUCCGUACUUGUAUUAAAUUAAAUUAUAUUUAAUACCAUCCAAUAAGUGGUUACCAUUAAACCUUAAAGAUCAAUGAUAUAUCAUUACCUAUGUAUACACAAUUUUAGAGAUAAUAAAAUAAGUAAACAAAUAGAUUUUUCAAAAUAGGUGAUAUCAAAUGUGUAAACAAACUAUGCCUUUCAGACUGAAUUGUAAAGAUAACAAAAUACAAACAUUCUUUAAUCGGG